UUGUUGCUACUGCUUCAUUCAGUGUGCAGUUACAUUUUGACGAGAUAAACAAUCGUUGAAUUGAACAAUCAUUUUGUUAACGUGGAAACAAAAUCAGGAAGAAAAAAAAUGAAGUACUUCGUAAUAUUCCUUACUUUCAUACUUUGCCUUAGAAAUGCAUCGGCUGAUACUUUGGCUUGUGACUCUGUCGACAUUUCUUCUCAAGCUGAUGUGGCUGCCGAGCUCACACUAACCGUUUCGUGCAACGCUGCCUCAAUUGAUAUCACGCUUAACGCGUGCAUAGUUGAAAGAAUGGGACAGACACCUGAGACAGAUUUGACGUUGGCGGGUCCAGCUUCCGUUACCGGGUUCCCGCCUACGGGUGUGACUGCCGCAUGCCCUGAUGCCACUCAAGCUUACGUCGCGGCGACGAAUCUUUUGACCAUUACCAUAAGUGAUUUUCAUGCUUGUGGCAUGGUGGCAACCAGCGAUGCCACUAACAACAUUUACAGCAACGCAGUACGAACUAUUAUUGCUAAUUCAGCAGGUGCCACCAUUCUCCGUCAUUUUAACAUCUUGGCCGAAUUCACUUGCGAAUACCCGAGAACGGGAUCGUCAAUAGGAUCGGCCUCCGUAAGCCCAGUUGUGGUAACUGCAACAGUCACGUCCGUGACGUCGACAGGCGACUAUGCUUCUGCUGCAAAACUAUGCUCUUCUGAAGCAUGCCCUGCUGAAGAUGAACUUACGACUGGCAGCUCGGUCAAUGUUAAUGAGGCAGCAUUCUUCAUAGUAACCACGACCAAUACACAUGUUGAAAUCGAGAUUACCGCUGUCUGGGCAACUACUGUGGCAGAUGACACUUCAUCUCCUAGACAUGAUAUCGUCACAUCCUCAUGUCUUGCUGAUAUGGUCGCAAGUGAUCUCGUCCACAAUGCAGUCUCACCAGUCCACGUCAAGUUCUUAUGGUUUGUCUGGGCUUCUGAUAUGACUCUCCCAGUCUUCUUGCAUAUAGAAUGGACCUUGUGUGAUCCUACCACCGACACUUGUGCUGCCGCUACAUGUACUGGUCGUCGUCGUCGUAGUGUUCUUAAGGACGACAGGCAAAAAUACACCGCCACACUCGGACCUUUCACAAUUGGAAAGUAAUUCGUUUCAUUGAAAAACGGAAAAAACUCAGCAUUGAAAGAAUAUUAACUCGAAGAUAAUUAUUUACUCAAGAUGAUCAAGUGUAUUUGUCUUUUACGAACAGUCUCCGUCACCGUGUCAGCGGUCAUUCUUUUGUGCUGUUCAUCGAAUUCUUUACUAAUUUACCUAGUUUCGUGUCUACAAAUAAUUGUAAUUUGUAUAGACUUCACUUAGGAGUUUUUAAGUUUAAAAUAUUCUUGUAUCUAACAUCAAUUUAGGCUAAUUUCAACUUGGGAUUUUUUGAAUUAGACUUUACUGACAAAAAAUCACAUAAAGUAGCAAAGUUUACUAAUUUAAUGUCUGGAAAAUGAUAAACCUGCAUGUUAUUAUUGAAUGAGUCAUCAGUCUUCAAAUAAACUGAGUAAAAAUGUGCUUUUAAAUCAUUUAUGCGGGUCGUUAAAACAAUUUUUUGUUGUGUUACUUAUACCCUACUCGGAAUAAAAUAGAAGAGAGAACAAUG